AUGUCGCUCAACCAGUAUAUGAACAAGAAAAUCCUCAUCAUCACCGUUGAUGGACGCACAUUGAUAGGCACGCUUGUGUCUUGCGACCAAGUCACCAACCUCGUGCUCAAGGACACCGUCGAACGCGUUAUCAGACCCCAAGACGACCCGGAAGAUAGCUCAGAAACACCGCAUGGACUCUACAUGAUUCGAGGCGACAACGUGGUGGUCUGCGGCUUGGUGGAUGAGGCCAUGGAUUCAAGCAUUGACUGGACAAAGGUCCGAGGAGAGGUCAUUGGUUCCACCAAACACGUGUGA